AUGCAACGCCAAAAAGUGGAAGUCGGUGCCAGUGGGUGUCCCGCUGAGGCCGUCAAGCGACGUGAUAGUGUGAACCCGGAAACGAAUUCUACAAAUAUAACUAUUACUAUACCGCAAAGACCCUCGUCGCCGCGACAAUUUUUCGAAAGACUCUACGGACACUUGGAGACGCGCAGCCCGGAAAGCGGAGACAUCGACGUUGGAACCCACAACCAUAAGCCGCCGCCUUGCGAAACGCCUUAUCAUAGCGACGGCGGCAGCGUUUCCUCGCCGGACAUCUCCAUCAGCGAUGAGCGCACCUCACUCGCUGGCUUUCCCGCCUACGACUUUUAUGGUCCUGCCAAGGAUUACCUCCCACCACAGCCACAUCAGCAGCAGCUCCAUCAGCAGGUGCAGCAGAUGCUCAGCUAUGUGAGUCCGCCGCCUGUGAUUAGUGGGGGAAUGGCGAAUACUGUACUGCCGCCUGGAUUUCCCGCCGGGUUUCCAAGUGAUCCGCAUUUCAGCGCUGGAUUUUCCGCUUUCUUGGCUCGCAGACGUCGCAAGGAAGGCAGACAACGUCGCCAAAGAACCACCUUCAGCACAGAACAGACUUUGCGCCUCGAGGUGGAGUUCCACCGAAACGAGUACAUCUCCAGAAGCCGACGCUUCGAGCUGGCCGAGACACUGCACCUGACCGAGACACAAAUCAAAAUAUGGUUCCAGAAUCGUCGGGCCAAGGACAAGCGCAUAGAAAAGGCUCAAAUCGAUCAGCAUUAUAGAAACUUUGUCGUGGCCAAUGGUUUUAUGAGCUCUAUAAUGGGUCAACCGGGCACGGCCAUGCCCUCGCCGGGCGUUGGAGUGGGCGUCGGCCUGGGAUACUACCCUGCGGCAGCGACGCCGGCAGCGCUGCCCAAGGAUAACACGCAGGAUGCUAGUUUCAUCGACAUCGAUGACCAGUACGAGCGACAACACAUGCAACAACAACAACGACGCCGCGCAACGCCUACGAUUAUCAACACAUGCUAG